UUCGCAUGUGCCCGCGCGACGUCGACGACGACAGUGCAGUGCUUCUGCUUCAGCGCAACGUGUUCAGCGUCGCGACCGUCCGGCAAACGCAGUCGUUAGGUCCGUGUGCGUCCGUUCCUUAUCCGGUUUCCGCGCCGCCGUGUGCCCAAAACAUCCGAUUUUGAUUCACGAUCGCCGUUCGGUUCCACCGAUUAAAAUAUAUCAUUAUAUUGUGCGAGUGAAAUUGAAAACCGCGCCGCUCGUGACCGUGAAAGGACUACCUACGAUGAUGGCCUGUGAUGCCAUCGACACAUGACCCGGGGACACGAUUAUACUACCAUCGCGACGAGCUACACCAGAGGAAUAAUGAUCCCCGUUCGCGUGAGCUGCAGAAAAAGGAUCUGCGUGUGAUUUAGUGAGACCGGCGUGAUGAUCACAGAAAUGACGACUAGCUCCGUACUGCCUACUGGGGGCGGCAAGAUAAAACGUCCGAGUUUCAAAUCCCGUGGCGGUGCUGGACCGCACAUCAACCGAACAGGGAGCUUCAAGGGCUACCAAACGAUCCGGGUGUCGGUGCCGUCCACCAUGGUCGCCGAGCUGGCGUCAAAGUUCAACGCGGUGGUGGUGGACGCCAACCAGGGGGACUCGAUGCAGGCAAUCAUGAAAAAAGUAAACAAAACGCUAGCCAAAGGCUCUACAGCCAGGACAAAGGUCACUACAGUGCGGGAAAAGGGCGUCGUGGUACGGGCCACGGUCGAGAAGUUCGAGUCGACCUCGCAAAAGAAGCGUUGUAUCAACCAGAUGGUCGUAGUGCGGACCAACUCGAACCAGCGGAUGGCCACGGAACGUCCUACUGCCAUAAAACAGCCGACAGCUGUAGAACAUCCCACUGCCAUACAACAGCCGACUACUGUAGAACAACAAAAAGUCGCAGAUCAUCUAACUACCGUGGAACAUCAUAUCGCCAUACAACAGCCGACUGUCGUAGAAGAGCGAAACAUCUUAGAUCAUCUGACUGGCGUGGAACAGCAAAUCACUAUGCUACAUCCCACUGCUACAAAAAAUCCCGCAGCCGAACAGCAGAAGACUAUUAACCAGCGGACGUCGUCGUCCGUAGUGAAAAAGCUCUUAGUGCAGUUCGAAAACGGUAAAAAACCGUCGAAACCCAGUGUUCUGGGACCUAAGCCAAUCGUUACGACUCGUAGUAUUAGGCGAAACGAACGGAGGCCACCGAUGCAAAAGGACACGACCGUCACGGUGGACAGACAUUUGUUGAACAAAGACAAACGGUUAUCGAUUGCCAGAGAUCCCGAUGCUCAGUUAGAGAGUGUUUUAAACGUGAUGCCCCCGCCAAAAAACCUGCAGCACCCUAUGAGAAGGGAGCAAUCACCACCACGAGAAGACUUGAACCAACAGCAGCCAACGGAAAGGGAGCGAUCGCCUCCACGAGAAGACUUGAACCAACAGCAGCCAACGGAAAGGGAGCGAUCGCCUCCACGAGAAGAUUUGAAGCAGCAGCAGCCAACAGAGGUGAUAGCUCCGGCCAAGUCACCACCACCGCUUCCGCUGAAACCGAACUGUUCAUUUCUGCAUGGUUGGAAACGGCCGACGACUUUGACGACAACCGCCGCUGCUUCCACCACCCCCACUACAAAUACCCCCGCUACAACCACUUCCACUAUAAGCACCUCCACUACAACCAACCCCACUACAACUAUCCCCGUUACAACUACCUCUACUACAACUACCCUCACCACAACCACCCCUGCCUACAAUAAAGGUGGACGACAUAGCGUCGGUGAGAUACAAUCAUCGCAACUGCCGUCGUCUCUAGUCGCCGCGUCCCCCACUCAUUCCGUGAUCGCGUCCCUAGCUGAAGCUACCCUCACCGCGACUGGCUUCGCCACGGACACCACUGCUCUCACCGCUGACACCACUACCGAAAUCGGUUCACACAACUACAAUUACAUCGUCGGCGAAGAAUCCAUCUAUGAGGAACUACGCUACAUACGACUAACGUCAACCGACUCUGGUACCCACACAACAGAAGCGCCGAAUGUCGUGUUGGAGAGUCCGUAUGUCGUAUUGGAGAGUCCGUACGAUCACUACUCCACCAUUGAUGGUGGCGAGCAAAAUAUAUACGACGUUGUUACGACCGCCACGACCGCCUACGAAGACACUAGCUACGAGACGGUCCAACCACCGUUGCCCCCGCUACCGACGCCACCGGUCAUUUCCGUCACAGUUGUCGACGCGUCACCGCAACAACUUCCGGUCGACAGCGAUAGUGACGAAAACGGCCACCAAGAGAAAAAAGAGAUGUUUGAUAAUUCGGUGGAAAUUGACAACAGCAUUUAUGGAAUCAAUCCUCCGUCGGAAUCCACUUCAUCCGGUGUCACAUCGGAUAGCGUCAGUGUGGACAGAAACAGUAAAUUUGACGAGGAUGAUGGUUGGGUGGAUGUUCCUUCCUCUGAAGAAAUUAUUUUAAUACCGUAUCCUUCCAAUAGAUUUCGUCAAAAGCCAAAGACAAAGAAGUCAAAUUCAAAACCAUUUUCAAAACUAAUUCAUGGGCUCUUGUAUAAAGAUCAAAAUAUUGGGAAUACUGUAAACCAAGAAAUACCGGAGAAUAUCUAUGUUUUCGAUUCAUUUAGCUCAGAUUCCUCUGACGAUGACGGAGAAAAUGUCAAAAGGGUACCAGAAUAUCCUUGUAAAGAUCGAGUUUUGCCAGCCCCACCAAGUGGUCAACGAAAUUACGGACUUGGCCCACUGGUCAAUAAAGCCAGGAAACGAUUUAAAAAAGGGUGGUCAUUUGGAUCACUUAAAUCACUUGGAAAAAAUCAGAUAGGAAAAUUAAGUCAAGGAAAUUUAACGAAUGAAUUUGACAAUAGAACAUAUGAGAGCACAUCAGAUAAAAGUAUUGACAAAAGUUUAAAUUCAUUGGCGAAUAGUAAUAGUCCGUCGUCAUCUGUUUUCUAUAUUCCCAUAUAUAAACAUAUUAUAGAUAAUGGUAACAUUCGGCCUGUAAGAAUUAGAAGCAAACCACCAUCGUCUAUUGAUUCGAGACGUCUAAGUGUAGCUGUAGCAAGACCAAGUUCACCACCACCUCCUCCACCAGUAAAACGACAUUCAACUGGAAACACCACGUAUGGUUCGUUGCCCCGUUCAAUUUACAAUUCUAAAGGAAGGCCAAGCAAUUCAUUGGACAAGAGUAGCACUGAAUCAGCAUCUGAGAAUGGUUCAAACCAAGGUUCUGAUUUGUACAUGCGAUUUGCCGAUGAACCAUUGUAUCAGUUUUAUGCCGCUGAUAUAUCUGAAAGGACAAAAAGUGUUUUUGCUGGUGACAUGAUGGAAGAUUGUGAUGGUUAUGAAGAAAUUAGUUCAAUCACAAGUAGGCCAUCAGCUCUAGAGCUUAUAACACCUUGUACAUCUGGUCAUGGACAACAUAGAUCUUUAUGGUGUGAAGUUCCAGAAGUAAAAAAUAGUGGCAUUAUAGACUCGUUAAUACCAAGAGAGCGAAAGUUACAAGAAGCCAAGUUUGAAUUAAUAACUUCUGAAGCAUCUUAUUUUAAAUCUCUAACUGUCCUAGAGAAACAUUUCAUAAAUAGUCAUUCAAUGAACGAUAAUACAAUAUUAAGUAAAAAAGAUCAAAAGAUUCUAUUUGGAAAUGUUAAUACAGUACGAAAAUGUUCUGAAAAAUUACUGGCGGCAUUAGAAAAAUGUUGGCAAGACAACAUACUGCUUAGUGGACUUAGCGAAAUUUUAUACACACAUUCUAAAGAAAACUUUGACAUUUUUGUAAAAUAUUGCUCAAAUCAAAUUUAUAUAGAUCGCACUUUAAAGUGCUUAAGAGAGAAUCAAAAAUUCAAUGAAGCUUUACAAAGACUGGAAUCAGAUCCAAAGUGCCAAUCGCUCUCUCUUCAUUCGUUCCUAAUGUUACCUAUGCAAAGAAUAACUAGAUUACCUCUACUCGUUGAUGCUAUUUUGUCACAAAUGGAUUCAAAAGAAAAUUCUUUGGAAUAUCAAAUGUGUGAAUUGACUUUAGCUUCUUUAAAUACUAUUGUACAAAACUGCAAUGAAAGUACUAGAAAAUUAGAACGUUAUGAAGAAAUGUUGUUACUUAGUCAACAAUUAGAAUUUUCUAGUAAAAAAGAAAUGAAAGCUAUGUCAGUAGCUUCUAGUUCACGCUGGUUAGUUCGUUCUGGUUCUAUGUUGCAUUUGACUGUUCCCGAUGGAAAAUUAACAUUUAGCCGAAAAAUGAUACGACCAACUAAACUUUACUUCUUCCUAUUCAACGAUAUGUUUUUCAUAGCAAAACGCAAAAGUGACGGGAACUAUACAGUGGUGGAUUACUGUGCAAGAAAUUUUGUAGAAAUGGAACAUACUACGGAAUCAGUACUUACUUCAUCCUAUAAGAAUCUUUUGAAACUAACUAUUUUAGAAAAUCAUGAAUCAAAGACUAUUGAAAUGUUAUUGAGUUGUGAUUCUGAAUCUUCGAAAAAACGUUGGAUUGAAGCAAUGUCCCCUCCUAUCAGCUCCAAUCCUGAAGAAACACUAUACAAUGAAUGGGACUGUCCACAAGUGUUUUCAGAACACCCGUACGUUGCUAUCCAACCAGAUGAACUGUCAUUACAAAAUGGUGACAUUGUAAAAGUUUUGACUAAAAUGAAUGAUGGAUGGUACCAUGGGGAGCGGAUUCGUGAUGGUGAGAAAGGUUGGUUCCCUGGUAAUUACACAUCAGAAAUAGCAUCACAACAUGCUAGAGCAAAAAAUCUUAAACAACGUUACCGUUUGUUAGCCAUGUCUGGAAGUUACCUGCAGUCUCGACAAGAUAAAAUUAAAAAAAAAAAAAUUAGUCAAAUUAUUGAAACUAAAUUAUUGUUAUAAAAAAAAAAUGUCUACAUUUUUUAAAUAAUAGGUACUCCCACUAACAAGUAAAUCAAUUAUUAUAAAACAGAUGUUUAUUGUUAAUGAUCUGUUCUGCUUUUGAUUUAAACUUGUAAUUAUAUACUAUUAGUAAUUAAUAUACAUAAAAAUGUAUUCCAAUAUAAAUAUAUAUAAAAGAAAAAGAAUAGAAAAAUUAAUUUAAACCUAGUAAGACAAAUAAUAUCAAAUGCCCGAAGAAAACAAAAAAUACAGAAAGAUACAUUAAUUUGACUAUUAAAUUAUGAUAUUAUGUUAUGUUUAAUUUACCGCUUAAUUUAUUUUAUUUUAUGUAAAACUAUUUAUCCUUUUUGUACUUACCUUGACAAGGUUAAAUACUUAACCUCGCUCAUUUAAUUUUAAUUAAAUACAUGUAAAUAAUUAUUGUUUAUGAUUUUAUUUUUAUUAUGCAUUAUUGUUACUGUUAUUUACAAUUAUUAUACUUUUUAUGGUUUUUACUUAAAAAUAAAGUACCUAUAGAAA